UCCCUUGUCUUCUUUCAUCCAUCUCAAACACGGCGUUAAAGUCGAAACAAAUACCAACGACUUCCACGAAGAACCAUCAUUGUUGGGUCUUUCACUCUGAACGAUUCGAAUUUUUCUGUGUCUGAUGGCAGUGACACGGAGAUCUAGAGCGAUGCUUCUCACUCUAGUAUUGCUUCUUCACUGUUGCUUCUCUCUCCUUCCUUCGACGGUCGCGAUCUCAACUGGGAGUGGUGAUGGUUAUACCAUAAAUGGUCGAGUAAAGAUUCCAGGCAUUGGUUCAAGAGGAUUUGGUCUGCCAGCAAAAAUAUCAAAUGCCAAAGUCAUACUCAAUGGUGGCCAAAGAGUUACCUUUGUCAGGCCUGAUGGUUAUUUUUCAUUCCAUAAUGUGCCAGCAGGGACUCAUCUGAUUGAAGUGGCUGCAAUUGAUUAUUUCUUUUCUCCGGUUCGCGUUGAUGUCAGUGCCAGAAACCCCGGUAAAGUUCAAGCAGCACUGACAGAAAAUAGGAGGGCUCUGACUGAGCUGGUCUUGGAGCCUUUGAGAGAGGAACAAUAUUAUGAGAUAAGGGAACCUUUCAACAUAAUGUCUGUAGUGAAAAGCCCAAUGGGUCUGAUGAUAGGAUUCAUGCUGCUGGUGAUGUUCGUGAUGCCCAAACUUAUGGAGAACAUGGACCCUGAAGAAAUGAGGCGAGCACAAGAAGAGAUGAGGAACCAAGGGGUUCCAUCUCUUUCAAGCCUUUUACCCGGAGCUGCCCCGAGGAGCAGUUAGAGAUUAAUUCGAGGCACUAUUUGAAGACUCUAUCUACUUUACAUGAUUCUGAGCUGCAAAAUUGUUGGAGGGCAUUAAUUACCACAAUGGUUCUUAACUGGGUUAUCGGAUAUAUGCUCUUGAACAAUGGGUCUCUUGCUGGUUGGCGGUUAUGGUUUUUUUAUGUUGAGGAAUGCUUUUUUGGAUGAUGAUUCAGGAGAAAAGAAAGAAUUUUUCUUUGUAUUACUAUCAAAUUAUUGAAGUUCCCUUUUCUUUAUAACCAAGACUAGUCGUUUGUAUUGUAGUGUUACGCAAGCCUUUCUCAAUUUUAUAACUUAAUAGUCUGUUAGUUUCUUUUA